CCAGCGCAUAGACUUCCCGUCUAUACCAAGAUGGCUGCCAUAUCGGCGCUGUCAUUUUGCUACAGCGCAGAGCGAAGCGCUUAAUUCGACCCGGUUAAGGCCAGAGACUUUUUCUCUGGGGCUUCCUCGUGCUCAGCUAGUCCAGCGAUCAAUCCUUGGGAAUCCCUGGUACCUCUUCGGUAUCCCUACACUCAGCCAGGAAUCAUGUCUUGGGCUGCUCGCCCGCCCUUCCUCCCCCAGCGGCAUGCCGCAGGGCAGUGUGGGCCGGUGGGGGUGCGAAAAGAAAUGCAUUGUGGGGUCGCGUCCCGGUGGCGGCGGCGACGGCCCUGGCUGGAUCCCGCAGCAGCAGCGGCGGCGGCGGUGGCAGCCGGAGAACAACAAACCCCGGAGCCGGAGCCGGGGGAGGCUGGACGGGACGGGAUGGGCGACAGCGGGCGGGGAGGGGUCUCUUCUGCCUAUCUUCCCUGCACGUUCUGGCUACGAGCUGGGAAUGGAGGGGCUGACUGGUCCACCCCACGUGCUGCCCCACCCACACGAGAUGCGUCUGGCUUGGGACUCCCGAAGCCCAGACAGUUCCUCUCCAAAUCCCCUUCCCCAGGGGGCCGCUCCCCCUUCUCCUCCGGGGCCACCCUUACCCCCUUCAGCAGCUGCAUCCCUUGGAGGCUCUGGGGCUCCACCCCCACCCCCGAUGCCACCCCCGCCACUGAGCUCCCCCUUCCCGGUCAUCAGCUCUUCCAUGGGGUCCCCUGGUCUGCCCCCUCCAGCUCCCCCAGGAUUCUCCGGGCCUGUCAGCAGUCCCCAGAUUAACUCAACAGUGUCGCUCCCUGGGGGUGGGUCUGGCCCCCCUGAAGAUGUGAAGCCACCAGUCUUAGGGGUCCGGGGCCUGCACUGUCCACCCCCUCCAGGUGGCCCUGGGGCUGGCAAACGUCUAUGUGCAAUCUGCGGGGACCGAAGCUCAGGCAAACACUACGGGGUUUACAGCUGUGAGGGCUGCAAAGGCUUCUUCAAGCGCACCAUCCGUAAGGACCUGACCUACUCGUGCCGGGACAACAAGGACUGCACGGUGGACAAGCGCCAGCGGAACCGCUGUCAGUACUGCCGCUAUCAGAAGUGCCUGGCCACCGGCAUGAAGAGGGAGGCGGUACAGGAGGAGCGUCAGCGGGGAAAGGACAAGGAUGGGGAUGGGGAGGGGGCUGGGGGAGCCCCCGAGGAGAUGCCUGUGGACAGGAUCCUGGAGGCAGAGCUUGCUGUGGAGCAGAAGAGUGACCAGGGCGUUGAGGGUCCUGGGGGAACCGCGGGUAGCGGCAGCAGCCCAAAUGACCCUGUGACUAACAUCUGCCAGGCAGCUGACAAACAGCUCUUCACACUUGUUGAGUGGGCAAAGAGGAUCCCACACUUUUCCUCCUUGCCUCUGGAUGACCAGGUCAUACUGCUACGGGCAGGCUGGAACGAGCUCCUCAUUGCCUCCUUCUCUCACCGAUCCAUCGAUGUCCGAGACGGCAUCCUCCUCGCCACAGGUCUUCACGUGCACCGCAACUCAGCCCAUUCCGCAGGCGUGGGAGCCAUCUUUGAUCGGUCCCUCUCCAGGGUGCUGACAGAGCUAGUGUCCAAAAUGCGUGACAUGAGGAUGGACAAGACAGAACUUGGCUGCCUGAGGGCAAUCAUUCUGUUCAAUCCAGAUGCCAAGGGCCUCUCCAACCCCAGCGAGGUAGAGGUCCUGCGGGAGAAAGUGUACGCGUCCCUGGAGACCUAUUGCAAACAGAAGUACCCUGAGCAGCAGGGCCGGUUUGCCAAGCUGCUCUUGCGUCUUCCUGCUCUCAGGUCCAUAGGCCUUAAGUGUCUAGAGCAUCUGUUUUUCUUCAAGCUCAUUGGUGACACCCCCAUCGACACCUUCCUCAUGGAGAUGCUUGAGGCUCCCCACCAGCUGGCCUGACCCCACACCCAGAUGUGGUGUUCCUCACGCUUGAGGAGGGCACAUGGGCAAGGGACUCUGAGCCUUGGGGCAGGGUGGGGAGGGACCAUGUUCCUAGAAUCUUGGUGGGGUGAGGAGCAUAGGGCAGAACUGAGACCUCCAAGGGGGGGUCCCUAAACCCUGCAAGGGUUUGCUUGACAUCCCAAGUCAGAGGGGACCCCAGACUACUUUGAGGGCUGGACCUCUCCCUUCAGUGGCCUUGAGUCUCUGAAUUUGUCUGGCUCUGCCAUGAUCUGGGGGUGCUUUCUUACCCCUGGCCUGGAACGGCCUCUCCUUCCCCCAGCACAGAGCACUGGCCUUGCUCCCAGGACCUGGCUUCCUUCUCGUCUUGCCUCACUUAGCCCCCCAUCUGAAGAAUGGAAAUGGGAACUCCCGCAGAGAUGGAUAUUGGGGGGCAGGCCCCCCAAACGGAUGGACAUGGGAGUCAGGCUCUGACAGGCCUUCCUCCAACCAAGACUGGCAGAUGGGGGCUUCUCUGGAAUAAGGAGGGGCUCUGUCGCUGUCCCCUGUCCGGAUCCCCCUCUCAACGCUUCACCUCCUUCUGCAGUCAGACUGAAAAAGAAAAAGGUGGUGGUGGUUAAGGGGCGGGUGGAGAUGUAGGAGCCCAUCUGCUAUUUUUAAUUUUCUCUGAGGAUAGAGACUUGCAGUUAGACUCAAAGAAGUACUGUACUCUCCCAGGUUGACUAAGAAAUGCCAGUGGUGGAGGUGGUGUUUGGGAAAGGCAGGGCCCUGAGAUGGUCUGCGGGGCUGGCUCUUCAGCACUGGCCUUCCCAGCCCCCUCCCCCACUCUCCCGUCUGGCUUGGGGAAGGGGCCUGGGCUGUGAGGGCGGUGUGGGGGGGAGCGGCUUGGUGAGUAGUCCUCAGACCCUUCCCCUCCCAGCUCUCGCCCCAGCCCGGGGCACACACCUUGUAGGCUGGGGACACAAGCUCCUGGCCUCAGAAUUGAGGGGAGAUGGCCCGCCUGCAGAGAUGGGGUGCAGGGGCUGCAUGAUUUUUGCCCUGCGGCUCUUCUCUCCGGGGUUCCCUUCCCCUCUCUUUCACUCACAUAAAAUCGCUUUCAAAUUAAAAUCGAUGUUUUCUGGA